CUUAACGUUAGUGUUCGUCCAGGAAGUUGACAGGCAUAUAACCAGGUUGGUUAGUUAUUUUGCUCCACUGUCUCCGUAAAUAUCGCCUUUUAAACGUAAUGGCAGUUUAAUGUAUACAGCUUCGUGAGCCAUAAACUUUGAACUUAUUGAAUCAAGCGCCUUCUAACGAAGUCCCGUUCAGCGCGACGCUAGCUUUCACCAGUUUCAUUAUCCCGUGCAAGUGGAACUCAAGCUACGCUCUGUUAUAAAGUAUAAAGGGGGCUGGGUGACGUCGCCAUGGCCGCCGGCUCUGUGCUGAAACAGUCACUUUACUGGGAUGAAACAGAGUGCCUCGGUUUUUAUGGGAUGCUGUCCCUCCAUGAGGUCUUUGAAGUCGUCGGCUCUCAGCUGACGGACACUGACGUCGACGUGCUCUCCUUCCUCGUGAGUGAAACCUGCGCCUCUGUUCACCCCUUGGACCCAGCCAGCUGGACGGUGCAACCCAACGAGGAAGACCCGCCCGACACUGGUGAGGCCCCGAGUCCUAAGCUACUGGCGGCAUGGAGGCGCUUGCAGUCACAAGGCUCCCCACAGCCCACGGUUGCCUGGUGCAAGCCCAGGAAUGGCCUGGAGUUGCUGCUGGAACUGGAGAGACGAGGGUACAUCAGUGAAGGCAACCUGGAUCCGCUUCUGAAGCUCCUCAGAGUCCUCACCCGACACGACCUUCUGCCUCUUGUGUCCCACAAGAAGAGGAGAACGGUGUCUCCAGAAAGGACUGGCAAGAAAUACGGGGUAGAACACAGCCAGUUGUCAUACACAUCUGGCCUGAGGACCUCCUAUACACAAGCAGAAAUGCCUCUUCCUUCCCUCACGUACCGUGUGAGAACAGGGUCUGAUCCAAUUGUGCGUGGACCGUCCAUGAGGAAGCGAAGAAGGAAGAGGGGGAAUGGCUGGAGUCGCAAGCCUAAGAAGGCCAAAAGGCUGCCACUAGCACUGCCACAGAAAGCAUCCUGCACCAAAGUCGUCAAGCAGCCGGUUUCCACUUCCCAGUUCUGGAAUAGUGACACGGGGGGACGCUCUCUCAGCGGUGCUCGUGCUCAGUACAAUGUCCGCCUGAGGGUCCGGGCCGAAUACCUGGAGCACGAGUCUGCGCUGCGUAACGGCGUGUCAUCAGACAAACGGCAGCCUCUGGAGCGCCAGUUUGAGCUCUUCAGCCAGGCCGACUCGCUGCUGCACGCCCGAGACCUGGGCGCCAUCAUGUGCGACAUCAAGUUCACCGAGCUGGCUAACUUGGAAGCCUUCUGGGUAGACUACCUGAGCGGGGCGCUGCUGGAGGCCCUCAAGGGGGUCUUCAUCACCGAAUCUCUGAGGGUGGCGGCCGGCUCCGAGGGCGUCCGGCUACUCAUCAGUGUGGACCAGGACGACUACGAGGAAGGCCGGCGGGUCUUGAGGGCCGGAAGAAUGCUGUUGUCAUCUACUGGUGGGCACAAAAACAAUCAUUGAGGGAUGUAGGUGGACUUAAUGCUAUGAGAUUGCACUUGGCAGGUUUUUUUCUUUCAUUUAAUACCUCAAGUGGCCACAGAAUGGCAGCAAGCACCACUCGUUUAUGGCAAGCCUUGAACCUUGGAUUUUUAGUUGAGACAAUGAAUACUUUUGAGUUAUGUUUGAAUUCACGUCAAGGUGCUACUUUAUGGGACAGCAGAAUGAAAGAGGACAUGUUGGGACGAGGCAGAGCAGGACCAACAGAGAACACGGUGGUAAGCCCCACAUAAUAUAUGUCAUAAUUGAAACAAAUUCAGUUAGUGUUUCACAUGUGCUACUUGAAAUUCUCAAAUGAUUCAUUCAAAAUGUUUGUCAAGAGGGUGUAAGUCCUAACAAAUUCAUAAGCAAGACAUUUUUGUUAUUCACGUUUGUGACAAAGAAAAAUAUUGAUUGCCCUGUCUCUGGAGAAUUUCGCUCUGCUUCGGCGCUCUGUUUCCUUGCAUCGCAGUCUCAUUUCAUUUCUCAAUUUGUCUUUUUAAUUGUAAUACUUUUGAAGUGGAAAACUGAUGCUAGUACAAGAAAUCUUUGGGACCCAACUCUGGAGAACUUUGCCCUUAGCUCAGGUUGCCUACAUCACAGUCUCUAUUAUGCUAUAGCACUCAGUUUUCGUACGGUCUACAGUCACCUUUCGGAUAAAAUUUGUCGAAUUAGAAGCAGAAAAACCAAGGCCACUAUAAUGGGGAAAAAGUUAUUUUUGCAUCUUAACUGUUGGACUUUAUUUAUCUCUGGACAUUGCGGUGUCAUACUCCAGUCUCCACUUUGCUUUCUUGUUACCCAAAGUCUCCUUACGGCUGAGGUUUGUCUGCCUACUGUGGAAAAUCGAGAUAAAUAUAAGGAAUUUUUUUUUCUUUGCUUUUUGACACUUGAGAAGCUCGUCCUUAGCUCUGCUCAGCGUAACUAUCCAUAGUCUCUAAUUUGCUGUAGCGCUCUGUUUGCAUGCUGUCCUCAGUUUCCUUGCAGGUGAAACUUUGUCAACGUGUACUAUAAUAUGUUCGAAGUGGAAAACCGAGGCAAGUAGAGAAGGCAAAAAGUGAUCUUUGCGUCUUUGGUGAACCUCUCCCACACAAAGUGCCCUCUUAAGAUAAGCAGACGAAUCCCGGAUUGUCCCAAGAAGAUAACCUUGCAGUUUGUGAUUGCUCUGGUCAGUGGUCAGCAGUAGAUGACAUCAGUGAUUAGCUUCCAGCUUCAGCAGACUGUGGACAAGUCAUCACAGCAGCCGGGAUGAUAAUUCAAGAUGCGUGGAUGUGUGUGGGGCUUCUAGUGCUUCCCUCAGCAAGUAAAACAGGUACAGGACAUAACAGUGUCGGUCAAUACAAGGGAUGUUCGGGAGAUCAAAAUCCAAAGCGCGCACAUCCGGGCUGCAAUCAUCCCCAAUUGAGUGUCUUUGACGGAGUGCUGUCUGGUCACCCUGCUGGAACUAAUGCCAGGACUUCACUCGAAAAAGACGAUCAAUAAGCCCCCAUGCUCUUAUAUAAAAAACCACUACAAAAAGUACACUGGGCUGGUCUGAAGGGCUGUACUCUGCAGGCCCCGAAAAAAAGAGCUUUUGGUUUGUUUCUUUAGUAAAUGAUAAAAAAAAACUUUGAACUUUGUGUUUAAAAAAAAAAAAAAAAAAAAAGUAAUGUCAUCAUUUUGUGGUUAACUAUAUUAGGAAACCAAUAUAUUAUGGGUGAAUACUAAAGAAAAUAAAAUAAAGGUGUGAUUGCCCUAAA